CGUACUAACAAGGUAAUGCCCACUUUUGGGUCUUCUCGUCGCGCCGUGAGCUGCUGUUGCCAUAACGGGUUCGAGCACCUUCGGUAUUGGAACGGUGACGUAACAUGUAUGGAGGCUCGUCCAAGGUCGGCCGUGGCGGCGGCCCGAAGCGGCUGCAGUCGACUUUUCCGCUGCUGUCCCACCGGGGAUCCGCCCCUCCCGGCGGAGGCCGCCCUUCGAUUGGCGGUUCUUCCGGCGGCCCUCGCGGCCGGAACCCGACCCGAGGGACGCCGGGUAACCCACCGGCGGUGGAGGAGACGUUUAGCCUAGUUUCUGGCAACAAUCCUUUAGCAUUUGCUAUGAUCAUAAGACUGGCGCCGGAUUUAGUAGAGGAGAUCAAGCGCGUAGAAGCGCAAGGUGGGAGGGCGAGGAUGAAAUUCGACCCCAACCCGAAUAAUCCUAGUGGAAACAUUAUUGAUGUUGGUGGGAAGGAAUUUAGAUUUACGUGGUCACGAGAAUUUGGUGACCUUUGUGAUAUAUACGAGGAGCAUCAUAGUGGUGAAGAUGGAAGAGGCCUGCUUGCUGAAUCUGGUUCUGCUUGGAGAAAGCUGAAUGUACAGCGUAUAUUGGAUGAAUCAACUAAGAAUCAUGUCAAAAUGCGUUCAGAGGAAGCUGAACGCAAGAACAAGUCGCGCAAAGCCAUUGUCCUUGAACCUGGAAAUCCAUCUAUGAAGAGUCAAAUAAAGGCUUUGGCAGCUGUUGAGGCUACUCCAUGGAAGAAUUAUACCAAAAAGAAAGAGGCUGCACUUAAGAAAAGGAAAGUGGAAACUCCUCAAGUUGGAGGCCCCCCAAAAUCUACGCAUAAAUCUGGAUUGUCUUCAUCAGCAACUAAAGGCAGACAUUCAUCUUCUCCUCUUCCAUCUCCACCAGAGCAAUUUGCCACUCCUUCCUCUCCGCUGGGGACUGUAAAUAUCUUCAAGAACCUUGAUGAUGUGCCAUCGCAGGUGAUGGGCAAGCAAAAUACUACUACUGUCUCUGAGAAAGAAAAUACUACUAGGAUAGACAGUGCAGUGAGGGAGACACCAGGAAGCAAAGGGAAUAAUGGUGCUAAAUCAAUGGAUCUGCAGAGCUUGUUAAUUUCUUUUCUCAUGGAUAAACCUAGUGGAAUGACUAUAAGGGCCUUGGAGAAAGCUGUUGGAGAUACAUUUCCAAAUUCCUCAAAGAAAAUUGAACCUAUCAUAAAAAAGAUUGCAACAUUCCAAGCACCAGGAAGGUAUAUAUUGAAACCUGGAGUGGAUUUGGAAAGCUUCAAGAAACCUCUUUCUGAAAGUGGAAGUUCGCCUGAAGACAAUCUCCACCGAAUUUCUGCUCAUGGAGAGUUUCAUGAUCAAACACCUGCACUGCAGGGAGGCUUUGAAGAGAAAGUGCCAAAUGAGAAUGUGGAGGAACACGUGCAAUCUAACUCCAAAGCUGGAGAAGAAUCCAACACACUGAAUACAAUUGAUGUUCAUCAAAAUUCUCCUAAUGUCUUUGAUGACAAAAAGGGCUCUGAUUGUAGUGAAGGGCAGGCAGGCAGCUCUAGUGAUAGUGGAAGUGACAGUGACAGUGAAAGUGACAGCAGUGGUAGUGGAAGUGACAGUGGAAGCCAUAGCAGGAGCAGAAGUAGGAGUCCUGCUGGAACAGGGAGUGGGAGCAGUAGUGACAGCGAAAGUGAUGCAUCAUCCAACAGCAAGGAGGGUUCUGACGAGGAUGUAGAUAUUAUGACAAGUGAUGAUGAAAAAGAGUCAAAGCUCAAAAUGGAAGUCUCUGAUCAAAGGGUGCCAUCACUUAUUCCAGUAAAAUCACCUGAUGGUAGAUCUAUGCAGAAUGAAAUUGAUGAGAAGCAAGAUGGUAAUGAAUCUGAUGUAGUUGAGAUUGAAAAAGACUUACCUGAGGAACAGGGUGCUGAAAUAGCUCCAACCACAACUACCAUUUUUAACAAAGGUGGAAAAGCUUCAGAAGAGACCAAGCACUGUUACCCAGAUUGUGAUGAUUUCCAGGAACGCCAAAAUUAUAUAGGAAGUUUAUUUGAUGAAAGGAAAAAUACAGUUAAGGUUAGCUCAAGGCAUGACCUGUCUGACAGCUCUGAAAGGCUAUCUAGUGGAAAACACAAGAGGGGUUCUGAUGUGAAGAGCCUUGAUGAGAAGUCUGAACGUACAAAGAAGUUGAAAACAGAUAACUUCACUCAAGCAAUGGGUUCUGCUGGUAUGGAUGUGCAGAUGUCAGAAAAUUCCAAGAGUUUGUCGGAAGACACUUUCAAGGGCCCUACCGCACAAGCAGUUAAUAGAUCUGAUAGACAAGGGAAUUUGAACGCUGGUUUACAGAAAGGAUACAACCAAUCAUUUUCCACAAAAUCUUCAGAUUUUCAGAGAACAUUUGAUCAAACCUCACUGGGGAAGCCUCCAGAUCCGUUAGGAAAAACUGAUAGGCAUGGUGAAAGUUUAGGGCGCAGCAGAAAACACUCAGAAAAGGGUUUUCAUUUGCGUGAAGGUCCUUCUAUGGAUGAUAAAUCUCAGAGAGAAUCCCAAAAUGAUGAUAUUUACACCUCUGGGAGAAAGGUCCCCGGGAAAUCUAGGGAAGGUAGCAAUGGAAGUAAACAGUUAGUGUCCUCAGAUUCGAAUUACCAAAAGCUAAGUGAAAUGUCAGGGAAGUUUAGGGAAGGCCGACAAGGUGCACCCUCACACCCAGGAACUUCACCUAAGGACAAUAACCUAAUCGGUCCUAGGAAAUCCCCAGUUAUCAAUGGGAGAGGUAUCACUCUUCAAAGAGAGCUUUCUGACUUGGAGUUGGGUGAACUUCGUGAAUCCACUCCUGAUGAAACUCAUGUCACUAAGCAAUUUGAAAGAAAAAGUUCAUUUAAACAUUUGGAAAAUAGAGCAGGCACUUCAGAGGACAAAAAUCCAGAUGUUUCUAAAGUAAAAUCCUCAUCAAAAACUACUCUUGAAUCCGGAAAACGAUCCCCAUCCCUUGUAGGCUUUAGUUUUCUGAGCAAUUUGGAAAGUGCGAAUAAAAAGAAGAAUGCAGAUGAUCAUUUUGAAGAUUCAACAAGGUCCCAUGCUAAAGCACUGCAGUCUCAUCCACAGCAUGUGAAAGAUCACAUGGAAGCUGGUUCCCAGAUCAACAAAUUGCCUGAAAUAAAUGGUAGAUCUAGAAAUAAUGAAGCUGGGGUGAGUCAAGGUAUUGAUUUGGAAGGAAGGGAAAGCAAUAGAAGAGGGCCUACUGAUGCACUUAAACAUGACUCUAAACGUGGAACAGUUUCCAAUUCCAUGAAGGAAGGUCGAAGACAAACAUCCAAUCCAUUGGAAGAGAUGGCUGAUGGAGGGAAGGAUUUAGUUUUGGCAGAUAGAAAUAACAGUGAUCAAAAAAGGAGAGAAUCUUCUUCAGAUGAAAAUAGUUGCUCUUAUUCAAAGUAUGAAAAGGAUGAACCUGAGCUUAAGGGACCUAUAAGGACUUUCUCCCAAUAUAAGGAAUAUGUUAACGAGUAUCGUGACAAAUAUGAUAGUUACUGCUCCUUGAACAAGAUUCUGGAGAGUUACAGGAAUGAGUUUCUUAAACUUGGCAAGGACUUGGAAUAUGCUAAAGGCAGGGAUAUGGAUAGAUAUUAUAACAUCUUGGGGCAGCUGAAGGAAUCCUAUCAACGAUGUGGAGAGAGGCACAAGAGACUGAAGAAAAUAUUUAUCGUGCUGCAUGGGGAACUCGAGCAACUGAAGCAAAGGAUCAAAGACUUUGCUCGCUCGUAUACUAAAGAUUGAUGAUAGCAAGUGCCCUUGUGUAUCCAAUACAGAAAAUUAAAGGCUCUAGCUUCAAGCUUUAGAAGUUUGGGGUGGUACAUGAAAGUCAACAGGGUAGAUAAAUUCUUGUGUAGAUUUGAUUUUGCGCUGGUUUUUGUUACAAAUCUCAUUGUAACCAUAGAUUUGUACAUAAAUUUUCUUUCUUUUGUUUUUUGUUUUUUUUUUUAAUUUUUUUGGGUUCAUGUAUAUUUCUUCUCAGCGCAGAUCCGGCAUUUUUGUUUAGCCGGACCUUUCAUAUUUGAUCUAUGGGAAGCAUCUUUGAUCAAUUUAA